AUGAACGUGGAAACUGAGGAUUCAGAGUACGAUGGAUGUGUAGCUAUUUGUAGUGGGCUUCGUGCAGGGACUGCAGUCGGAGAAGAUCUGGCAGUGCUAGCAGCGAGUCCUGGAGAGGGAGGAAUAGGAAUGCUACAGGCAGCUAUGGAGGAUAGAGAGACUGGGGAGGAACCUCUGGAGAACACUCCAACGUUACCUGGAUACACAAAGGAUGAUCUUCGCCAGUUUCAGGAGACAGAUCCUACUAUCAGUGUGCUCAAAAGUUUCUGGGACAAGAAGAGGAAGCCCACAAAUCGAGAGAGGAAAUUCAAGAGAGAUGGACUGAUGUACAGAAUGGUGGACGACGUCUUCUAUGGGGAGUGCCAACAGUUGCUGCUCCCUGAAUGUCUCGUUGAAACGGUGUUGCGGAGUGUCCAUGACCAAAUGGGGCAUCAAGGCAUAGAGCGAACACUGGCCCUACUCAAGCAGCGUUGUUAUUGGGUGGGGAUGUAUAAUGCUGUGGAUAAGUGGGUUAAGGAGUGUCAACGGUGCGUGCUAGCCAAAAUGCCGCAGCCCAAGAUUCAAGCCCCUUGGACCCCAUUCUUGGCCUCUCAUCCCCUAGAAGUGGUUGCAGUGGAUUUCACCACAUUGGAACCUGCGUCUGAUGGGCAGGAAAAUGUCCUGGUUGUUACUGAUGUAUUCACGAAGUUCAGUCAGGCAUUUCCUACUCGCAAUCAGAAGGCGGACACUACUGCUAAGAUCCUUCUAAAGGAAUGGUUUCUCAAAUAUGGAGUGCCUCAGCGUCUUCAUUCAGAUCAGGGAAGAAACUUUGAGAGUGCUGUGAUUGCAGAGCUUUGUAAACUAUAUGGAGUGAGAAAGUCCCGCACUACACCACAUCACCCUCAGGGGAAUGCACAAUGUGAGAGGUUUAACAGAACUCUGCACGACCUCUUGCGUUCCUUAUCUCCAGAGAAGAAGCGGAGAUGGCCAGAGUACUUACCCGAGCUGGUGUACGCCUACAAUGUGACCCCACAUUCCUCCACUGGUUACUCUCCUUAUUACAUGUUGUUUGGGAGACAGCCACACUUACCAGUAGAUGCCUUGUUGGGUCAGGAGCCAGAUCUAGAAAAAGAACCUGCCUGGUUGUCCGUCCAUAAGGAGCGGCUCCGGGAUGCUCAUACCAGGGCACGUGAAUACACUGAAAGGAGAGCCGCAGAUCGAGUUGCCCAGCGUGAGGGUGGAGUAUACUGUCCCGAAGUAGUGGUUGGGCAGCAGGUGUACUUAUGUUAUCGGCCCCCAGGACGAAACAAGAUUCAAGACGCCUGGGCACCCACAGUUUAUCAGGUGGUGGAAGUGCAUGGGACAACCUACACUGUGGAGCCAGUUGAAGGUGGUCCUGCAAAACGAGUACAUCGAUCAGGCAUUAGGCUUUGUCCGAGACCAGUUCCAAUGCCACGGAGGAAAGUGAGACCUGUAGAAGAAGUACCAACCUCAGGGUUGGUGGACGAGAUGCCUUCGUUAGAUGCCGAAUGUGUGCUUGUGGAAGAAACCAUAUAUCCUGAGAAGGACCCAAUGCCCGAGGAGUCACAGCAACUGGGUGUGGCACCAUUCGAUUGUGCUGGGGCUGAAGUAGAAGAAGCACAGGAAUCAUUUGAUGAAGCAGUGAGUGGCAAGAGGAGUGCUGCUCAAGAUAGCCUUCAACCUGGUACUGAAAGGACUGAUUCACCUACAGAUGUAGUGUUGACUAGACCAGUUCCUGUGCCCCGGAAGCCUAGGGCAGAGAAUACUCAAGUGGAUGCUCCCGAUCCUACGCCCGUAGAGACACAGCGGUCAAAUGCUGGUGUUCAUAGUAACCCAAAUAGACUACCCAAAUCCUCCUGUAAUGCAGUGUCUUUUACUCCCGAUGUUCUUUCCCAAGUGUUAGCAGGGGUGGUCUUGUAUACAUCCAGUAAACUACAAGGAUUAGUGGAUGAAUAA